AUGCAAGUGACGAACGAGCUGAAAGAAUUGGCCAAGAAAACGUUCCCGACUCUAACGGACAAGCAAUGGGAAAAGGGCAUGACGGGGUUCGGCGGAACUGAAGCGGAUCAACACACGCGAGUCACGUGGAAAUACGCUUGCACUCGUACAGUUACCGGAACGCCGCAAUACACGUUGAAUGGGGUUCCGUUCGAAGAAGCUGACUCGUCCUGGAAACUUGAGGACUGGCUCAAGGUCAUCGACCCACUGGUGAAAGCUGACAAGUCCAAGGAUGAUUUGUAA